AGUACUUUGCGACUACAAAAGCGGCUGGCAGCCAGUGUCCUUAAGUGUGGAAAAAAGAAGAUUUGGUUGGAUCCUAAUGAGACAAAUGAAAUUGCUAAUGCCAACUCACGUAAGUUCUGUUGUAACUGCUCUGAGUAAGAUUGACAGUGAGAGGUUCUGAGGCUGGUUUAAAGGGCUUAUUUUGUGUUUGAAAUCUUGGUUAACCAUUCUUUUCCUGGGUUAAAGUUCAAUGAGAUCAUAGAAUUGUCAGGUAGCCCAAUUAUCUGAAUCUCUGUUACUUCAUGGCAAAAUUUAAUGUUUAAGCACUCCUGCCUGUCCUAGGGAAACUGGAGUGAAAGUUUUGACCCUUUUCAUCUCAGUGAUCAGUCUCAAAUCUCAGGUCCUUAACCCUCAACUCCUAUGAUCUAAUCAUUAAUUCUCCCCUCCUGCUGCUACAUGUUUCCUUGUAAAUUGGUUAUGAGAAUAUGGUAGAUCAAGGUAACAACUUUUACCUUAUAAUUUUUAGUAUUCUCAUUACCUGUUUGCUGGAUAAUGUGUGAGUUUUUUGAGGGAGAAUUUUUGUUUUAAUCAUUUCUGGGAAUUAAGGGUUAAUAAAAUUCCCAUAUGACCAAUGGCAAAGUGGAUCUGAAUACAUGGCUUUUAUGAACUACUUUUACAGGUCAAAAUGUCUCUUUUCUUUUUAUUUCUGUGGUUGGUGUUAUUGCGAAUUGUUAUUUUAUAAUUUAUUGGUAAAAUGUGUGGUUUUAUUGUUUUCAUCAGCAGUUAUUCUGUCAACCAAUCAUAGACUAAAAUGUGCAAUUAAAAUAGUCAGUUUUAGAGAAGUAUUACUAGUUUUUGCAUGUUGUCAUGAUAAAGAAAACCCAUUGCAUUAUACAAUGAGUUAAGGAUUGAAAAAGAACUCAUCAUUAUUUGCAGGUCAAAACAUCCGUAAGCUCGUCAAAGAUGGUUUGAUCAUCAAAAAGCCACAGAUCAUCCACAGCCGUGCUCGUGUUCGAAAGGCAGAUGAAGCGAGAAAGAAGGGUCGGCAUAGCGGCUAUGGUAAAAGAAAAGGUACAGCAAAUGCACGUAUGCCUGAAAAGACCAUCUGGAUGAGACGUAUGCGAGUGCUCAGAAGGUUGCUUCGAAAAUACAGAGAGGCAAAAAAGAUCGACAACCACAUGUACCAUAAUCUGUACAUGAAGGCCAAGGGUAAUGUGUUCAAAAACAAGAGAGUCUUGAUGGAAUACAUCCACAGGAAGAAGGCCGAGAAGCAACGUGCCAAACUCCUUAGGUGAGGUUUUUUUUGUUUUUGACUAUGGGCUAUGGUGAGAUAAAUUGUGACCCUCCAUGGGAAAGCGAACACUAACACUUUUCCCUUUAAACUGCAAAACCAUUUACUAUCUGUUUAAAUCUGUUUAAAUGGUUCAUGAAAGCAUUUGAAUGGUUUGUUUAUCAGAUCAAAAAAAUUUGCAUCCAUUUAACGCUUUAGCUAAAAUGUUUAAGUGGUUUGCUUAUGGGUCUUGAUAUCAGCAGGCAAGUCAAGAAUUUAGAGAAAGUGACAACACUUUUGAGUUGACAUGUUUCGACAGAAACGUCUGUCAUCUUCAGUUAAUUACUAUACAAAGCGUUGAAAGUUGUAGUAUAUAGUAAGUAGAACAAUGCUAAUUAAGAUGAAUAGUGAAAACAAGAAAAGAGGUAAAGCAUGAAAGUGUGAGAAUUAAAAAGAUAGUUUUAGAUUUACAUGGUGUAAUUGUUGAUUCAAGGAUGGUUGUUCUCUUUGAAUGUGAAUAGCCUCUUUUAUCUUAAGCUGCUAAAACAUGAAAAUUAUCUGUAGAACACAAAGCACGACAAUGUGGAGAAUCUUUCAGAUGCCUGAAAAUGUGAGAGGCCCUGUCAUUGACUAAGUGCUCUCUAACACGUGUGGAAAAAUACCACUGAUGUAACAGGCAUUACAGCCAGCACAUACAAACUUAUAAACCACACGUGAAUGGAGCCCGUCAGGGACAGAGUCUUUCACACCGAGCAAGUUACCGAUUUUAAAGGAAGGGAAAACCAGUUUGAUAUCCAAGUCCAAGGACAUUGAUAUCAAAUCCUUAUUCUCCUUUUAUCAUAUAAAUUGGCCACUGAAGAGAGAUUAGAAAGCUGGUAUUGUAAACCUAAGCCCUUUACCAAAGUGAAUAAUGAAGGGCCAAGGCUGAAAACACCAGCUUUACAAUCUCUCUCUGGAGGCCAAUUCAGGUUAAUUAUCAAUGCAGUUAAUAAUACCAAAUUAUCUUGUUAAAAAAACUGGUCAUCCACUAGUUGACAUUUUGGUUCUCCCACAAAUAGCUUUCCUUCUUAAGAUUGUUAUGAGCUGGUCAAUGAAUCUUCAAAAUAGUUUGAUUCACAUGGUUUCUUACUGUCAAAUUUAUUGCACACUAUUAAGCCGGCCUGGCCUUGUUUAUAUCAAGGAUGGGUGACUAAGUGUGCAUAAAACAAUGCAGGAGUUUGUUCUGACUGAUCAGUGUGUGCUUACUGACUGAAUCAGUCCUGGGCUCCUAUGACAUUUGUGUCCCUCGUGCUACCACACAGGAUUGAUCACCACAUUUAUUCUCCUUACGUUGCUUAAUACACUAUUGUGUAGUCAGGUACUGAGAAUCAAGAAAAGUUUUAACUAGGUGAUAUAGUCUUGAUGAAACACUGAAUUCUUAGGAGUCGUUGAUAAAGGAAUGUGUGCUAUUAUUUAGGAGAAUUCACUUAAAGAUUUCAGGGGUGUUAAGUGCAAACUUUCUGUCUCCCUACAGUGACCAAGCUGAGGCUCGCCGCAUGAAGAACAAGGCUGCGAAGCAAAGACGCGAGGAACGUUUGGAGCAAAAACGCAAGGAUUUGAUCCAGCAAUUUGCAAAAGAGGAAGAGGCAGCAAAAUAA